AUAUGGUGUUUAAAACAAUCAAGGCAAACCAAUCAGAUACCCUCCUCGAAAGGUUCCGUGGAGGAAGUCUUAAAGCAUCCGUGGAUGGUGUUGGGAUAAGCAUGAACACUAUGUGGAGUUCUUCGAGGAGUGUAGUCAUAGUUCCAGUGUUUGAGUGUGUGGUGGCUAUUUGUUUAACCGCAAACCUACAAAUGGGAGCCAAUGCAGGAAGAUAUGGAGCUCGGUCAUCAAAACUACCCAAUGGUUCUUAUCCAGAUCCCAAUAAACAGCAAGCUCACACAUUGCAUAACACAGUAAAAGGAGGCUGUGAUGAUGAGCCUGCAUAAGAUGGAAAAGAUCUGUAGCUCUAGACAGUGUUAAGAGAGUUCAGAUACCUAAACAAUAUAUAAGAAACUACUCUUCAACGGUUAUCAAAAGGUUAUCAGGGACAGAUUUUAGAAGGAACUCAACGAUAUCUGUCCGGUGAAGAAGAACGGAUUUGAUUCCGUGUGUGGCUCAUCAGAGAGGAACCGUAUGAAGUCGACUAUCGUCAUGCGUAUGAAUAACACAGAUGAAAAGGAGAUCUGAUAUCCGAAGGUGAUAUUAAUCUGUUCGUGUCUGAGCACAAGCAAAAAGCAUUGGAAAGAGGCUCCAGAUCUGCGAAAAAAUCAUCGUUAGCUCUUAAUAACAAUAAUCUGAGUGAGGGCUUUAAUUAGGACACAAGGAUUUGGUGGUGAUGGUAUUGGUGGCCUGAGAAUCUGCGGAACAAUAUUCCGACACUAAACCCAUUUCUCCAGUUUGGUCAGUAUUCGUCGUGGAAUCAGUUUGUUGAGUCUUGGUGAUUGCGUUGAGG